AUGACCGUCAUUGAGAUCGACGUAGUCUUUGACUUCAUCUGCGCCUGGUGUUACAUCGGCAAACACAGCCUUGACCGUGCCAUCGCUCUGUACCGCAAAACCUACCCAGGUGGUCGCAACGACACCAUCACUAUCAAAUGGCGUCCAUUCUAUCUCAACCCGAACCGACACGGGAAGAGCGUGCCCAAGUCCGUUCUCUUCCACGAACGGCUGAAGGACAAAACCCCCGAGCAGCGGGCCGCGAUGGUCAAGCGUCUGGAUAAAGUUGCCCAGUCGGUGGGGGUGUGUAUUAGCUACGAGGGAAUGAUUGGGGCGGAUACGCGGGAUGCGCACCGACUUGUUUAUCGGAGUCGGGAGGAUCCGUCGAUUAGUUCCGAGGUUCAUGGGGAGCUGGUCGAGAAGCUUCUCGAGGCGUAUCAUGCGCGAGGUCUGGAUAUUUCGCGGCUUGAGGUGUUGAAGGAGGUAGCGGUCGGGGCGGGGAUUGAGGAUGCGGUUGUGGAGAUGUGGCUGACGGAGGAUGUCGGCGACAUGGUUGAUGAAGAGGCGAGGAGGUAUCGGGAGGUGGAUGGUAUUCGGGGGGUUCCGAGGUUUCUUUUCCAAGGCAAGUAUGAGUGGGAUGGGGAUGAUCUGUACGAGUUUAUGGAGAUUAUGGGCAAGAUCAAGGCAGAGGAGUGA